GCUUCAUUUUACUUUAUCACUCAUAGGGUAUCCUGCGCAAUCCAGUGGCGACUCUACUGCAGGAACAAGUGGAUCACCUAUUUUUCUUACCUCUACAUCAGCGUCGGUCUCUACUUCGUUGUCGCCACCCGUCUACACUACACCGUCGAUGUCGUCCUCGCCGUCUUCAUCACCUUCGCGGCCUGGUCCCUCUAUAUCGGCAUGGUCGAUGUUGUCAUGGAGCAUGAGUACUUUGGCAUCCAGAGUCACCACGAGAAAUAUGCUGUCUUCGAUAGCACCAUUGCCGAGUACGAGUUCAUCCAGGAGGAGGACGAUGAGGCGAUUCGCAACGCUGGAACGGCCACUCUACGCACAAGAAGACGACAGCUCGAACACAUGAUGAACCGCCUUCGCGGACCCCGCAUCGGAUACGGUCAGGGCGAGUACGAUCGUGUUGCAUUCUUGCCCAAGCAAUUCAAUCUGUGGCUGAAAGGAUUGGUCCGGUGGUGCGAUGGGUUGGAUCUUCGCAUGCGUCCUCUGGAGGGUGCAUCAAAGGGUACCUCUCGUUGGGAGGAAUUAGUGGUACGUUACCGCUCAGAGCAGGUCUCGGGAGGUGACUCUCGCGCACGAAUGUACAGAAAAAUGAACGAGGGAGUGGAGGAUGAGGUAGAUGAGGACACGAUGGUCCGCAGUGAGAUGGUCCAAGUGUAUCGUGCUCACGAGUGUCCAGAGCAGCAGCAGCAGGGACGCUGGCGCUCAUUGCCACUGCGCCUUACCUCUCCACGACAGCGCAAGGCAUCCCUGAAGGAGGAAAAGGACGGAAAGGCAGAUCGUGACAGUAAAUGGCGCGUAUUAAAAAUCGCAGCCAUCAUUAUUGUCAACGCCAUCCUCUUAAUCAAAAUUGCUCAAGCUAUCGAGAACGGAGCACCUCCCCCACCGCCACAACACUGGACCAAGGACAUGGAGUCCUAUUCUGGAGGUUCUAUCAACAAUGGAACCAUAGAUGCAGCAACUGUAGCUCCCGAGUAUAAUCAGCCACAGGAGCUUCGCCGGGGAGAAAACCAGGAACACCGGGAGCAAGCAUACAGCGCAGUGAUAGUUGAGGAGGAGGAAGGAGGAGAGGAUCAUUAUCGUCGCCGCGGAGAUCAUCACCAUAUGCGUCGUCGAGAGGUCAGGCACCAUAAGGAGCGCUCCCAUGUGCGAGACUGGGAGCCAGAAGGCGCUAUCUAGAGACGGCAUCAAAGAGUUUAUUUCCAGCCUGACUGGUUCGUCCUAGAAAGUUGCCAUAGUCGUAUUCGGUUCUGUACAUACACCACUGCCAUUCGUCGCCAUUUAUUUAUAGUCAUAUCUCCUGUAUAUUACCCCAUUUUUCCUAAUUAAAAAAUCAAGCAGUAAAAGGACUUGCGAAGCCUUUCGGCAUUGGGCAAUGGAUAGCACGUGAUAAGCGCACGGCAUAUC